UUUACCGAAAGAGCUAAGAACAUAAGUUUCUCUAUCUUCAUGAUACUUUCCAGCUGAAUUGUUGUGAGGUGACCUGCGUUGUCGUUGCAUCUACGAUUUGCACGGUUGGCCAGGAAAGAAGUUCAACAUACAUGCAUACCAACAAGACUGACAUAUGGGGCACAUUUAUGUUCAAUUGUUGCUGCCUAAUUGUCUGCUGUUAUUCUGUAGCCGUGGAUUAUAUUUGGCGAUUGUUAAGCUUUAGUUGAUACACCAAUAUGUCCGUGUAUAUUUUAAUAGAUUGUUUGAAAUUGUGUAAUGUUACGUGUUUUUUUACAGCUGUUUAAAUCAUUUUAUAUAGUACCUUACCUUAAAUUUAACUUUAAUUGAUCAGAUUCCGCUUGAAGAAAUAAUUUUAAGAAUAUAUUAUAACUAUUAAUGACAUUAAUUAUAGCAAUCAAGACAUUUAAUUACACGCGUGAACUUCACCAAUAAUUAAUAUUUCUUGCUUAUAGAUUUAGGUAGUGUACUUAUUUAAAUAUAGUUCAGAUAUGUGCAUGUUAUCAUUCUAUUGCUUCAAAUUAUUUUUUUAUAUAUUUUAAAAAACAAAUACAAUGUCAUGCCAGUUUUAUUCAAUCAAAAAUCGUCAUAAUACAAAUACAUUACGCUUUUUUUAUAUAUACAACUUCUAAAAUGAUUAAAGUAGAUAUGAUUAAAUGAGAAAAUAUAAAACAUUACACCUAAAACAUUUUACUUAAACGUUUAAGAUAGCGUUUUUAUAUUCGUUAUAUUUCUCUGCUCUUUAGCAAGCUAUCUAAUAUUCCAGCUGCUGAAAUACCAAUUUAACAUUAGCUAUGCAAAUGCUACUGUGCAUGAUAAACUUAAAACUUUACUUCAUAUUGAAUAUCAAACGUAAUGUCUCCUUCCUUUCAGAUUUCAUGGACGAGAGCAGUGGUUCACAAUUCUUCUGGAAUCAUGGACCGCUGUCAAACCUACUUUAAAUAAAAUGAAACUUAUUUUAAUUGUAACAUCUCCAACAGUUCUACGGACAACUUCCAGUGUCCUUGUGGAACACCAGUGACCUGCGGACCUCAGGUUGGGAACCACUGGGCUCGAGGUUUCCCAUGGCAGCAGUGAACAAAGUGAACACAGUUGGAUUCGUACGAGCACUAAUUACACCAUGUCACGCUUCCUUACCCACAGACACCUGAUGGAAGAACAACCGAGCACGAGAAACGAAAGCAAGAACCCAAUAGCAGAAAAAGACACAGAGGACUACAAAGCUCCACGGUGCUGAAUUUGCAGGAAUGCGCCACCACGCCCGGCAAAGUGGAAUGCAAAGUAGUGGUGAUGUUUGCACACCGCACCAGGUACUCACUCGAGUCUUGACACGCACGCACGCGCGCGCACACACGCACACAUAGUGGAGACCAGGUGAGCACAGCUGAUGUGAAUGUAAAUGAAGCUGAGAGGGUGUGAGUGACUCGUGCGUGAAAAAGCCCUGAGCCUCCCACGCGACUCUCUGCUCUCGCAGUGUCGGCUCGCACGCUGACGCACGCGGCUAACCGUAAAAGUAACUCUGCAACUCCACGCAGGGCAAAUCCCCGUGGGCUGUUGGUUUCAACUACAGGGGUUUGUUUUGUGUGCACGCAGGUGUUUGUGUGUGUGUGCGUGCAAAAUCAACUUUACGAUCGCAGGGCCGUGUACAUGCUGUGGGCAGUCAACCACGGAAAAGGCGUUUCGUAAUAAAUGAAGAAUGGCCAAUUUCAGGAUAAUUGACAUUAAGUUAUGAUUUUUUUUUUACAAAUUGGGUUGUCUUUAUUACAUUGCAUACAGAAAUGCGUGGACACAAUUUGCAUACCGUGUGCAUAUAUUGAAUAUGCGUAAUUACAUGUACAUGAUAUGCAUAUAGAUAGGAUGUCAUUUAGUUAACAAAAUACUGAAUACAAAUGUUUACGUGACCUUACAUUUAGAACUAUAUAAUCACUAGGCCAGAUUGAGAUGUAAAAAAACGACUUCAAAUGAAAACUAGCAACUGUAUAAGAAUGAAACAACGUACAAAUCACAAGAGGAAUCAUCAAGGACAUACUGUACACCUUACCAAGGAGCUAGCAUACACAGUACUGUGUAUAUAUAUUUCUUAAAUGAAGAAAUAACGGCAUAAAUAUGAAUUGGGACAAUAGUAUUAAGGUCAGCAUGGCUGAUGUCAUAGUCAUUAUUUCAACCAAUGGCAAUGAACUAUAUUAAAUGAUUGAGGAACCUCAAACAUAAGGGCUAUAACGUCAGCCUUACAUAAUAUGAGAAUAACAAAAGUCAAGGCCAAGUUCGCGAAACAAAUUAAAAACUUUAUUUACUGGAAGGAAACCAGUGUAAAGUACUCAAGAGUAUUAUGACUUUAGCAUUAUUUGCAGAUGGAUGUGUAUCAAUAUGAUGAAAUCAAGAGGUAAAACUGAACUAGAUCAUUAAGAAUAAAAGUUUUCAAUCAGUGCAAAUUACUUGCUCUGGCAUAUGGAUCGGAAACAUGGACAAAACAUAGAUCAAAAGUUGAAAAGUAUGCAUAGAAAAGGUUGCGUAAUGUGGAUCUGAGAACCAAUUGCAAAUUUGAAACGUCAAAAAGAACCGUAAUAGAAAGCACGUGGGCUUGUUCAGCACAACUGAAAAACGUGGCGUCACGGUGGCGUGAUGUUAAUGACCUUGCCUGGUAUGGAGGAGGUCGUGGUGUUCGAUCCCGACACCUGACGCCUGCAUAUUUGGAGUUUGCAUGAUCUUCCCGAGGUGGUGUGGAUUUGUCUCUGGAUACUCCGGUUUUCCCCUCCACAAUUAGUAUGUAUUUAGAGUAUUUGUCUGCUAUACGUUUGAACUAUCAUUUGUGGCCAGGUCGCUUCUGCAAAAGAGCUGCAGUAUGUAGCUCAUUGGGCCCUACCUAGUAAUAAAAAUAGCUGAGUUUUUUUAUAUAUCUCCGGAAAGGAUGAUGGCCCAAUCAUUGAGACUGGUGAUGAAAUGGCAGCAAAAGGGGAGAUCAUGCCCAAAAGGAAGAUUGCCAAGGAGAUGGAGGGAUAAGAUUAGGUCAUCUGUUGUAUCGUGGGACUUGGGAGAGGGGCGACAACUUAAAUAGACAUCCAUCCAUGAUGGUCACGAUGAGACCCUAAACGCAGCUACAUGCAACAGCUAAAUGUUAGGUAAGACGUGUAUGUCUUUCAUAACGUGCACGAGCAAAAUGAACGUAGGACAAGCCCCUUUCAUAGCCAAUAUGGCGUGGAGGAGGCGUCCUGCCAGCAAAUAAUUUGACAAAACACUGUCGCGUCUUUACAAACAGUCUACCUCUGCUUUGUAGACUUGGAGAAAGCAGACGAUCGUGUCCCCGCAAUGUCUCGUGGGAGGUGCUGCGGGAGUAUUAUGCGCCGGUGCCACUUUGUGUGCGCUAUCCGGCCUCCCCAUUCCCAGAGUGAGAGCUGUGUCCGUAUUCUUGGUGUUAAAUUAAAGUCGUUCACUGUGGGUGUUGGACUCCGCCAAGGGUGCGUCUUGCCUCCACUCCCGUUUGUCAUUUUCAUGGACGGGCUAUCAAGGGGCAGCCGAGGUAUGGAGAGUGUCCAGUACGGGUGCAUGGAGAUGGUGUCGCUUCCUUUUUUGCAGAUGACGUUGUCCUCUUUGCCUCGUCAGUCUGUGAUCUCCAGAAUGCACUUGAACGGUUUGAUGCCGAUUGUGAAGCAGCUGGGAAGAGGAUCAGCACCUCCAAAUCUGAGGUCAUGGUGCACUCCCGGAAGACGGCGGAGAGUACUCUCCAGGAGGCUGCGUCCACGAAGCCAGGGCUUUGCCGGUGACAAGUGAUUUCAUCGCUGUGAAUGCCAUCUUGACCUCCCUUGGAUCUUGCGAAAGUGCCCUCCCAUUGUUCUGCAGCAUGUGCUAAAUCUUUACCCCAAAUAGCGCCUCGGGGCGGUCUCGCCGCAGUCAAGAGCCGAGCGGCGUGCGGGAUGGAGGGCGGUCUGGCCGGGCGUGGUCACGGGGACGUGGAGAGGGCCGUGCGCGAGGCCGAGACGGAGAUCAGGGGCCUCCACAACGAGCAGGACAGAUUUAUGCUGCACUACGAUGAGAGCUUGCACAUCGAGGUCCAGCUCAGCCAUACAUCCCAGCUUCAGAGUCCAAGCGACCAGCUGAGGGACCAGAGCCUGCGGCAGCGACAGGCCACCCUGGACACUCUGCUACGACAGCAGGUGCAGACCAUCGUGCAGCUGCGCAUGACGGUGGUGGAGAGGCUGCAGACGUGCACGAUGCUGCUCAACCAGAUGCUGUCGUGUCUCCUGGAGGACAAGCUGCCGCAGUGGCAACGCAAGCAGCAGCUGGCAGCCAUCGGGGGCCCCCCCGAGGGCAGCCUGGACGCCCUGCAGGAGUGGAGCGAGUGCAUGGCGGACGCGGUGAUACGAUCGAGGCAGCACCUCAAGCGAUUCGAGUCCUUGCUGCAGCAACUGGCACUGCCCGGCCCGAGCCCCGACGCCCUGCUCAAUCUCAACAACAACCUGGCCCGCCUGCUCUCCGACAUCGCCACUAAGACGCUGGUGAUGGAGCGUCAGCCGCCGCAGGUGCUCAAGACGCAAACCAAGUUUGGCUGCAGCCUGCGCUUUCUGGCCGGGAGCAAGCUGGAGCUGACGGGGAGCCUCCCCCACGUGCACGCCACCAUCGUGAGCGAGGCGCAGGCGCGAGCCCUCCACGUCGGACACCACCCCCGCAACGAGGUGAGCGGCGAAAUCCACAACAACAACACCGUCAUGGAGUACCAGCAGGGCUCUGGAGCGCUGAUGGCAAACUUUCGUAGCAUGCUGCUGAAAAAGAUUCGACGCUCGGACCGACGUGGCUCAGAGUCAGUCACCGAGGAGAAGUUUGCAAUCCUCUUCCAGGCGACGCUCAACACUGGGGACGGCGAGUUCCUGCUGCACGCGCAGGUGCUGUCCUUACCUGUGGUGGUGAUCGUCCACGGGAGUCAGGAGAACAAUGCCACAGCCACAGUGCUGUGGGACAACGCCUUCUCCGAGCCGCGCCGAUUGCCCUUCCAGGUGCCAGAAGCAGUGCCCUGGAGUCGCCUCAUGGCUGUCCUGGAUAGCAAGUUCCGCUCGGAGGUGGACAGCCCCACGGGGCUGUGCACCGACAGCGUGACCUUCCUCGCCCACAAGGCCUUCGGCUAUUCAAGCGGGGGCGAGGACCUCGCUGACCGCGCCAUCUCCUGGGCGCAGUUCAACCGGGAGAACCUUCCCGGUCGCACCUUCACCUUCUGGCAGUGGUUUGACGGUGUCAUGGAACUCACCAAGAAGUACCUGAAGAGCCACUGGAACGACGGGGCCAUCGUGGGUUUCGUGAGCCGAGCGCAGGCACAGGACAUGCUGUUGUCACUGCCCGUGGGGACCUUCCUGCUUCGCUUCAGCGACUCCGAGAUUGGGGGCGUCACAAUCGCAUGGGGGGCGCAGAUGCCCGGUCAACCAGGCGAGCGAAUCGUGUGGAACGUGAAGCCGUUCACGGCGCGCGAGCUGGCCAUGCUGCCCCUGGCUGACCGUGUGCGGGACCUGGACAGCCUCCAGCUGCUGUACCCGGCCCGGCCCAAGGACCACGCCUUCGCCAAGUACUACAGCCCACCGCCGGGAAAUAAUCUCAAUGGAUACAUUGUGCUGGGCAUCCGCCAGGUGCUGCCAGGGUUCUCCAUGCUGCCCCCGGGGCUCCCGGGGACCCCCUGCACCUCGUACGCGUCGUCUGAUGACACCGCCGUCGCCGCCACCGCCGGCACCAGCGCCACCGGCUCCCCGGGCAGCACCGCGCGAGCCCUCUUCACCGGCUUGGGUCACAACUGAGCUGGCGCAGGGUGCAUCGCGUCACGGCGCGUCACGUGACGCGCCCCCGAUGGACACGCAUCCAAGGUGGAAACCGGACAACGCUGCCGAUGGCCGGAACGAGGACCUAAUGGGCUCACGCUUGCCGUGUUUCUAUUUCACACCUGCGUCCAAUGCUUGUCGGGAAGCUCCAAGAGCUGCCGCCGAUGCGACGGAUGUGAGCGUCAAUCUACCUUCGGCAAGCCUACCAGGUGUCGUCAAGGACCGAACACUUCUGCCACCAUUCCACGGCGCGAUGGACCGCGCCACGCGAACAGCACCAGUUCUGAGCCCGAAUCGCAAACACCGCCAUGCUGCGGCACGGUAGAACAAUGCCCGGGGCUUGCCACGUGGCGCUAUGAUGCAGGUGACCGCUAGAAAGCCUCGCCGCAGCACUUUGUAACACACUUUGCGGCACAAAAAAAACACCACCAAAAAUUCCGCGCUCAAAAAACUGCGGUGAACGGAAAGGUACUUACUGCUUUCGUGGGCAAACCACGCAGGUUCAUCAUUUUCUUUGCACAUAAGUGGACUUGUUUACUUUUGACCACGGAGCCUCUAAAACACAGCAAGACCUCUCAUUUCUAUCUAUAACAUGAGCAGCUCUGAGCGUUAUCAGGUGGGUACUUUAACUGGAAAAAGACUUGACAGACAACACAGUUUUGAAUUACUCUGGACUGCGUGCUGUUAAAAACCCAAUUUUUUUCUUCUUUUUACCAAAAUAAAUGUCCAUAACAAUUUUACCUCAGGAUCAUGCAAACAUACAAUGCAGGAACCAUGCAAUGGUUCUCGUGAAAACAAAUACCAGAUAAUGAUGAGAGUACAGUAGCACAGAACGUCGACUGGAAGCCACCAUCGGAUUUGUGGGCUAACUGGAAAUGGACAUCCUCGUUAAGAAAUGACUCGGGACUUUAAGCUCAGUGUAAUACACAUAUUUCAAGAACAGAGAGCUGCACUAAUGCACCCCUAUACGAUUCUUAGAAUUAUAUGCAAGUGCUAAGGACUCGCAGAGCUGAGCAGCCCUAUUUAGCCUGAAGCAAUUGUUGGCGUCGUUAUGGAGAAUAUAAGUAACAAAAUAAAUAUUUGGUAGUUAUCUUUGAAAGUGAGCCUUGAGAAUGUGUGUGAACCUUGAUAACUUUGAGGUCACACAUUUGUUUUAGGAGGUGUACAUCCGUCCGUGACCUUCCCAGCAUAUGUGCUGUCUGGUUAUGAAGCAGACUCGUGAUAUUUAACAGUAUUCUUGUGAAAUAUAAAAAAGCGUGUUGCUAUUUGACCUAGAGCCAUUCACUUCACAACACUUGUUUGGUGUGCCCGCAAAGAUGACAUGGAAAUGGCUGGUGGGAUGCUUGGGAAGGGAACAAGUGGUGCACAAGAUGACCUUUCAAAGAAAAUGCAACUCUAUACAAAUGCGGAAUUGUGUGUAGCAUCUUGUCGUAUGGUUUUCAUGAAGUGGCUUAAUGCAAUCUGAAAGUGAAUUACAGGGUUUGUUCGAGUAGACUUAUUUGAUGGCCUCGGGCUCCCAUGUGGAUGGGCCUGCCUCGUACCAUAGCAGCUGGCGCGGAUAGCGUGUCACUUUUGGGAGGGGCCUUAACGAGCGCGGUUGAUGAUUUUCAGGGAAAUGUCGCUUGUCAAUUUGAAUUAAAUCGAAAUUGAAUUGCAUAGCUAAAGUUAACGAUAACUGAGGUGGCCCUGCAUGAAUGUAAGUGGCAAUGUCUUGCGGCAGUUUAAAGAAUAAAAAGAGGGCACACUAAUGGAUAUAAACUAAUUGCCUGGCUAAAGCCACAAAGAGUAACACGAUGGUAUGCUAAUAAAAUUAUAAGAACUGUCUGGCUAAAGCCAAAAUAAUGAAAAGGAGGGCACUGUAGUGGAAUUCAAAUAAGUUCCCGGCUAAGGCCAUGAAUGAUUAACGAGGGCAUGCUAAUGGUUAUAUGAUGUGCAUUGUUAAAGCCAUAAAACAUGCAAAGUGGGUAUGCUAAUGGUUAUAUGAUGUGCAUUGUUAAAGCCAUAAAACAUGCAAAGCGGGCAUGAUAAUGGUUAUAUGAUGUGCCUUGUUAAAGCCAUAAAACAUGCAAAGCGGGCAUGAUAAUGGUUAUAUGAUGUGCCUUGUUAAAGCCAUAAAACAUGCAAUGCGGGCAUGAUAAUGGCUUUAUAGCAGCGAUGGGCAACCUCGACCUGUUAGUGGGCCACACGAGCGGGCUGUCCACGAAUGACCCCACGCAUCACCCAACAGACCCUGAGACCAAGCCGCCACGAGUGGCUCAGGUUGCCCACCACUGAUUUGUUUUUAUCGUCUUGUUGAUCAUGCCCCCCAGCCUUCUCAGUUCUCUCAGAAGGAAUUGCAGUGGCAGCGGGUGCUUGACAUCCACGUGUCGUGACGCCAAUUGUUGUGCGCGUGUCCGUCCGUGCACGUUUUAACGUGUGGUGCCUGCUGAAGUGCGAGCGCAUCGGUGUGUAGUUCGGUCGCACAAGGCGACCCUUAAAACAAUUCUGUCCGGAUCAAACCUGACAUGCUUUUAUCGGAGGUAACAUUUGAUUUGUGCCGCAGUUUAAGAAGUGGUUUUUAAGGUAAGCAAAAACAAAGUGCCAAACCAAACAAAACGCAAUGUGAACGUGACGGGGUGGAGUUGGUGGUGGUGGGGGGGGGGCGAAUGUGUGGUUUUACGUCUUUUUUUUAAACAAUAAUGUACUAAGUGGUUGUGAAGCCACAUUGUUCUCGACGCCACACUGCAAAGCAGUUGUGGCGCGGUACGGCGUUGUGUUCUCUCCUGAUGUAUUAAAUAUAUCGCACGCACGCCCGUGGAACCGCCUAGGCUUUCGAGGCAACGCAACGGCGAAUGCUAAUGCCAGUUAAAGGCCCUUGCUAAUUGUGGCCCUUGUGAACACGGUCCAGUUUUUACACGUUGGCAAUUUUUACGGGCAAGUUCAGUGAACUUCAUAUGCUAUAUCAGAGGUGCCAGAAUUAUGAAGUUGGAAAACCCGCCUGGCGGGAGCGAUGGUAUGUUUCGUUUGUCAUUGAGUGGCAGUGGGGAAGUUUGUGCAAUUACAAUCGAAUAAUGCAGAAAUCAGCUGAUUUUACAUAAUACAUUACCCGGCCACAGCUGCAAAUGUAAACAAAAAAAGUGUCAAGGUUAAUUCUGAUAUUGGCAGCAGUUAUAAAGGUUUGCCUUAUCACAUACGACAUUUAUACUGAAGGCAGUGUGAGUCCAUCUAUCGGAGUGUACGGGCCACACAUGAAGCUGGAUCCUGGUAUCAGAGCACUGCCUUACGAGCGGAGACCUAAGCUAUUUUGUAUUAUUAUUAUCAUCGUAAUCAUCCCUCCAAGCAUGGUACUAUGUGGACCACUUGAUGUGAUGUCAACCGUGGUUGUACUAUGGGAGCCACUGGCUCCCACCUCUGGCUCUGGAUCCACUAUGAAAAACUGCAUGUCACUCGUCAGAGCAUGCAGUCACUUUGUUUUCUCUUGUUUCACGAUUACGAAAGGUUAACUCCAAGCCACACACACCAAUGCUGUAAAACUCAGGUCAAAGGUAACAUUAUCACAAAACAAUAUCAGGCAAUUUUGUUUUACUUCACCGGAUAUUUAUGUUUUUCUUUAAUUUAUAUUUUCUGGGUGCCAGUGUUAAAAUAAAUGACUUAAAACUUUAAUAAUAAUAAAGUUUUUUUUGUAUUGUG